ACUGCUCGCCUCGCGUGAUGAUGGCGAUGCGCGCGCUCCCGUGAACACCCAGACGACUCCGAAGGAGGUGACCCCACCGCCGCCGCCUCCCGACGCCCCGCAGCGAGGAUCUGAUGAGAUUCUUCAAGCUGACAUUCAAAUGUUUUGUGGAUUGCUUCUGAACGUCGACGGAGCGCAUUAUCUUCAUUUCUAUAUUUGGCUUUCCUUCAUUUGUUUGGUUUAUUUUGGGGGGGGGAAAGGGGGACGGCCAGCCAGGAAAAGUGCAGCGCGUGCUUUGAUUGACAGCUGAGACAGUGCGUUCUCGUGCACGCGUGUGUCUGUGUGUGUGUCUGUGUGUGUGUGCGCGUGCGCGGGCUUUGGAACAUUCCACCUCAGCCAUUUUAUUACGUCUUAUCUGUCAUUAAUAUUGAUUUGAUUGAUGGACAAGCAGGCUCCUCCCACCGCCUCGUCCUCCUGCUCGCUGCUCCUCCCGGAGGAGGCCAAAAGGAGUCAGCUCCUCCCCCCGGCUCCGCUCAUGGCGGCGGACGGCAAGAAAGGGGGCGUGGUCGUGGGGGCGGUGCCGGGGCACCAGGAGCGCGAGACGUGGACCAGACAGAUGGACUUCAUCAUGUCCUGCGUGGGCUUCGCUGUGGGCCUGGGGAACGUCUGGAGGUUCCCCUACCUGUGCUACAAGAACGGAGGAGGCGUCUUCCUCAUCCCGUACAUGCUGAUCGUCUUUGUGGGCGGAGUCCCCAUCUUCUUCCUGGAAAUCUCUCUGGGUCAGUUCAUGAAGGCGGGAAGCAUCAACGUGUGGAACAUUGCGCCGCUCUUCAAAGGACUGGGCUACGCGUCGAUGGUGAUCGUCUUCUUCUGCAACACGUAUUACAUCAUGGUGCUGGCCUGGGCCUUCUACUACCUCAUCCAGUCCUUCAGCACCCAGCUGCCCUGGUCCACCUGUGACCACGCCUGGAACACCAACUCCUGCCUGGACGCCUACAGCCUCCAUCACUGCAACAACGCCACCGACAACCGUACACACGCCCUCCUCGCCAACGGCAACCUGACCUGCGCCGACCUCGCCCACGCCAGAUCCCCCAUCAUUGAGUUCUGGGAGAACAAGGUUCUGAAAAUCUCGUCGGGCUUAGAUGACCCGGGUGAAAUCAACUGGGAGCUGCUGUUGUGUCUGAUGGCUGUCUGGUUGCUCAUCUAUUUUUGUGUGUGGAAAGGCGUCAAAUCUACGGGAAAGAUUGUGUACUUCACAGCGACGUUCCCGUACGUGGUUCUGAUCAUUCUGCUGGUCCGUGGCGUCACGCUUCCUGGCGCCUACGACGGCAUCAUGUAUUAUGUCAAACCCGAUUGGUCCAAACUGCAGGAGGCUCAGGUGUGGAUAGACGCCGGCACACAGGUGUUCUUCUCCUACGCCAUCGGGCUGGGAGCGCUGACGGCGCUGGGCAGCUACAACCGCUUCAACAACGACUGCUAUAAAGACGCCUUCUUGCUGGCGCUGAUCAACAGCGGCACAAGCUUUUUCGCCGGCUUCGUGGUCUUCUCCAUCUUGGGGUUCAUGGCGGCCGAGCAGGGCGUGGACAUCUCGCAAGUCGCCGAGUCAGGUCCAGGUCUGGCGUUCAUCGCGUACCCGAAGGCGGUCAGUCUGAUGCCGGUGGCGCCGUUGUGGGCGGGCCUUUUCUUCUUCAUGCUGCUGCUGCUGGGCCUGGACAGUCAGUUCGUCGGCGUGGAAGGUUUCGUGACGGGAAUCCUGGAUCUUUUCCCGGGCAAAUACGAGCAUCGCUACAAGCGGGAAAUCGCCGUGGCCCUCUGCUGUCUGCUGUGCUUCGUCAUCGACCUCUCCAUGGUGACGCAGGGAGGAAUGUACGUCUUCCAGCUGUUCGACUACUACUCGGCGAGCGGCAUGACGCUGCUGUGGCAGGCCUUCUGGGAGUGCAUGGUGGUGUCCUGGGUGUACGGUGCUGACCGCUUCAUGGAUGACAUCGCCCGUAUGAUUGGUUACAGACCUUUUCCUUGGAUGAAGUGGUGCUGGUCCUUCAUCACGCCCUGCGUCUGCAUGGGCAUCUUCCUGUUCCACCUGGCCAACUACAAGGCUCUGACGUACAACACCACCUACGUGUACCCGUGGUGGGGGGAGGUGGUGGGCUGGUGUCUGGCACUGUCGUCCAUGUUGUGCAUACCCGUCAGCCUCGUGUACAAGCUCUUCUUCGCCAAGGGCUCCUUCGCGCAGCGCUGGGCCCACCUGACCACGCCGGUGUGGGGGAGUCACCACCUGGAGUACAUGGCGCCCGACGUCAAGUCGCCCAACUCGCCCGCCAACGACGACAACAAAGUCAUCAUCUUCGAGAGCGUCAUGUGACCCCGCGGGAGCGGAAUCACUCGCACUUUAUCGCGCUCGUCUUCCUGUCCGACCCGCCAAAAUCAAACACUGUGACGCGCACCUGACCUUUGACCUGUGACAGGUCAACAGUGCCAAAGCGAGUUCUUCCCCUGGCCCCUCCCCCCUCGGCAUAUCCCGGCGCGAGAAGACGUAAGCGUUGCCUUACGUUGUUGUCUUAAUAGCAGGCCAAAAGGGGCGUGGCUACAAAACAGGAAAGUGUUUUUCAUGCAGUAGGUCUUCGCGGCUUCCUCAAGCUCCGCCUCCCGGCCGCGGCUACCUCACGACUUUGUUUCAGCUUUACUCGUUUUGAGGCUACGUCGCCACCGUGAACAAGUAGCAGUGGGCGGGGCUUUUAUUUUGGCAGCUGUGAAGUCUGUCCACGCCCUCUACGGGUGACAAAAGGGAUUUUUGUUGUUGUUUUUAAACGAUCAAAGUGCUGAAAACUUGUAGUGUUAGCAAAACUCUGAAGUCUCACCAAAUAUGGUCAAUGCGGGAUCCACUUCCUGGCAAGGAGCCAAUCAGCUGAGCCGCCGUCGCCUUCGAGAUUGAAAAGUGGCCACCCGAGGACAUUCAGCGCCGUAGUUUGUAGACCAGAAAUCAGGUUUUAUUUUGUUCUACCAGCUUUAAAAUGUGAAAAAGUUGUAAAUAACAAUCGCUUGUGUCACUUUAUUGUGAAAGAGUGUUAUGAUGAAUGGCAAGCAGGAAGUGAAGUUUCAUUAAAAAUAAAUAAUGACUAGACAUUUAUUUUGUUAAUUUUAAACCUUCGAGGCAAGACUAAUAUCAACUAAAUGUUUUGUUAAAUGACUGACUUUGAACAUGAAUAUUCAUAAAUUUUUUUUUGUGGGUGAAAAAACAUUUUAGUCUUACUGCACUUUUUUGCUGUUUACAUCCGAGCAGAGCGUCUCCUCUCCGGAGACCAUCUUUGAUCCAACAUUGCCACACACAAGUAGCCAACAUGGCUGCUUUGACUUUGCCAUUAGGAACGUAAACACGGCCGCUCAUUGCACUGAAAUGUCCAAGUCAUGUGACCAUUGCCUGCUAACCAAAUGACAGCAAUAAAACUAACCUGACAUCU